AUGCGCUUACUGAUCGUUCUACUGAUUUGCCUGAGCUGCUGCUCCUACUCCAUAUUCGGUCUCAAGUGCCGAUCCCAGGAGGGAUUGGGUGAGGCGGAGCUAAAGAGAACAAUACGCAGCUGUAUGCAACGUCAGGACGACAGCGAGGAUCGAGGCCGAGAAGGGCAGAGCAGACAGGGGAGUACCUAUGGAUUCGAUUACGGACGUGAUCAAAAUGAUGAGGAUAGGGAUAGAGAUCGAAAUCCAAACAUCAUGGGUGGCUAUAACAACCGCAGGCAAAGAGGUCUAAGGCAGACGGAGAGCAGGAACAACAGUACAGGCAGCAGCGGCGGACAGUGUGUGGCCCAGUGCUUUUUCGAGGAGAUGAAUAUGGUUGACGGCAAUGGAAUGCCCGAUCGCCGCAAGGUGAGCUAUCUGAUGACCAAGGACCUUCGGGAUCGGGAGCUGCGCAACUUCUAUGCGGACACCGUGCAGCAGUGUUUCCGAUAUUUGGAGAACAACAGCAGGAACAGGCAUAACAAGUGCACCGUCUCCCGGGAGCUGGUCAAAUGCAUGUCGGAAUACGCUAAGGCGCAGUGCGAGGACUGGGAGGAGCACAAGAACAUGCUCUUCAACUAGGAAUAAACUUACCC